CCCCCUAUUGCGGGGUGGCGGCGCGCGCUGGAGUCCCAGACACUAGCUUUACGCGGCCGCGUCUUCGCAUUGGCAAGCGGAGGAUGACACGUGCCUCCUUCUCACCACCCCUAGGCUCCCGCUUGCUGCAUUGGCAUCAGUAACGGCCACAGAAAACACGACCGUGGAAACAGUGGCGCGGCGAAACCGCAGCAGGAAAGUGCGUCGAUUACUUUUUACGCACGGGCAGACUGGAGAGAGCUGAUUUCUCUGGCUGAACGCGCCACGGUUCCCAAACAAAAAGGAGACGCGCGCAAGCACGAUGCAGGUACCAGGCACCGACCUCUGAAGGUGACAUGGUCCACGGGGUUAUCGACAGUACCUCCCGCACUCUCAAAGAGAACGGAAGAUAACGACUAAACCUCAGUAGAAGAGUCAAUUUUUUCACGUGUUUCUUUUAAUGCGCAGACUGUUCUUAACUAAGGCUACUGUACCUGAAAUAUACCCAUAAAGGUGUGUGGAGAACUGAUCUAAGAAAACAACUAUGGCAACAUUAAUCCGUAGCAAGAUCUCUAACAAGCUGUCUAAUGCUGCGACGACAGUUACCAAUAAAUCGCAGGCAAAGGUGAGUGGGAUGUUCGCCAGAAUGGGCUUCCAGGCCGCUACUGAUGAGGAAGCGCUGGGCUUCGCAGCCUGUGAUGAUUUGGACUAUGACCACAGACAAGGGCUGCAGAUGGACAUUCUUAAAAAUGAGGAAAUGGUGGGAGAAGGCGGAGGGGACAUGGUGGGAGAUGGCAAUAUGGAAGGGGACAGUCAUUACCAGAGAGACGGUACCGGUCCUCCGCCCUCCUCGUCGAAAGACGGUGGCAUAUGUAACGAACUUGCCUCGCAGGAUAAGCCCAAAAUCACUGCUUGGGAGGCAGGCUGGAACGUCACCAAUGCCAUCCAGGGAAUGUUUGUGCUAGGGUUGCCAUAUGCCAUUCUCCACGGUGGAUAUCUCGGACUUUUCCUCAUCAUUUUCGCUGCAGUGGUUUGUUGCUACACGGGAAAAAUCCUCAUUGCUUGCCUCUACGAAGAAAACGAAGACGGACAGCUCGUGCGAGUGAGAGACUCGUAUGUUGACAUUGCCAACGCUUGCUGCGCACCCAGAUUUCCUGCGCUCGGAGGCCACGUAGUGAAUGUUGCCCAGAUCAUUGAGCUUGUGAUGACCUGCAUUUUAUACGUUGUGGUUAGCGGUAACCUAAUGUACAACAGCUUCCCCAACCUUCCCGUGUCCCAGAGGUCAUGGGCCAUCAUUGCCACCGCCGUCCUGCUGCCUUGCGCCUUUCUGAAAAAUCUAAAAGCCGUAUCCAAGUUCAGCUUGCUCUGCACCCUCGCUCACUUCGUCAUCAACGUCCUUGUGAUUGCCUACUGCCUGUCCAGGGCGCGAGACUGGGCCUGGGACAAAGUAAAGUUCUAUAUUGACGUGAAGAAGUUCCCCAUUUCUAUUGGCAUCAUCGUGUUCAGCUACACCUCGCAGAUUUUCUUACCGUCAUUGGAGGGUAACAUGCAGAAACCCAGCGAGUUCCACUGCAUGAUGAACUGGACUCACAUUGCUGCUUGCAUCCUCAAAGGCCUCUUCGCUCUGGUGGCAUAUCUGACGUGGGCAGACGAAACCAAGGAGGUCAUCACAGACAACUUGCCGCCCGGUAUCAGGGCUGUUGUCAACAUUUUCCUUGUGGCCAAGGCUCUGCUGUCAUAUCCGUUGCCGUUUUUCGCUGCUGUGGAAGUGCUGGAGAAGACUUUUUUCCAGGACGGAGGGCGAGCGUUUUUCCCAGAUUGUUACGGGGGCGACGGGCGCCUCAAGUCGUGGGGUCUCUCUCUCCGAUGUGCCCUCGUAGUGUUCACAAUGUUAAUGGCCAUAUACGUGCCGCACUUCGCACUCCUCAUGGGUUUAACGGGGAGCUUGACGGGUGCGGGACUGUGCUUUCUCCUGCCUAGCCUCUUUCAUCUCAAGCUGCUGUGGAGGAAGCUGCUUUGGCACCAAGUUUUUUUUGAUGUCGCUAUAUUUGUGAUCGGGGGUAUAUGCAGUAUUUCUGGUUUCAUUCACUCUAUGGAGGGCCUCAUCGAGGCCUUCAAAUACAACAUACAUGAUUAGCCAAUAGAAAUGGCAGCGGCCGUAUGGUGAUAUAUUUCAACGCACCCCACAUCUUAAACAACCGAAUUCCCCCUAAUGUACCGUCCUCAUUUUUCACCGACGUCCAAGCGACAUACAAAGCACGUGCACUGCUUGUGCGCAUCAACUUGAUGUUGAAACCAAUAAACAUAUUCACCAAAAAAAUAUUACUAAUAAAACAGACAUAGCGACUUACAAAACAAAUGCCUUGGACAACGAAGCGCGUUUAUACAGUUAGACCUAUCGGAGUUUUUCAGUAGGUAAAUGUUUACAGGAAGGCAGUUGUAGAUUGGCUUAGUCAUAAAUCAGACAAGAAAUCGAUUGAUAUGACAAUUUGUGACAUUGUUUGCUAUGGAAGAAUAAAUUGUGAUGAUUUCAUACGUGUUCUGAUCAAUACGUUGCACAUCUUAGUGGUGGAAAAUGUGCUUGAUAAAAAUGAAAGUAAUAUUACCUUUGACUUGGGGACCCAAAUGAUAUCGAUAAAGAUCAAAUUUUAGGAAAACUAAUUCUAAAACUACACUUGUGGUUUACAUAUUGUAAUAACAAAAUUAAGCAGACAGAAUGUAGAAAUAGGUUGCCAAUAUAAGAUAGCUUAUCCUAUUGGACCGCAAGUAGGUAAAUACAGGACUACUUUAGCUAUGCAUUCUGAAUGUAUGACGUUCUUGCAGCAUUGACUAUAUUUUUAGAAAUCAAAGGGAAGGAUUGUGUCAACGAUCAGGGGUUGCAUACUAUAACCCUCGCACCACAAACUCUCCAAUGAAAAAUAGACUUAUGAUUCACGGUGAAAAUAGAAUGAAAGAAAGAUAGAUUUACCUAAGUCAGAAUCAGAAAAAACAAACAAACCGUUGAACGGUUGGAAAUCCAAUUAACAUGUAUAUCAGGUGUAAUUUGACCAUUGCUUCCCCUGUCAAUUGGAAAGCGUCGCAUUAGACUAAUUGUCAUGUCCCUUUCAGAGAACCUUUUAAAUGUUAUUUGAAAGAAAUUAAGGUGUGCGAAUAUCUAUUCUAAAGACUUGCAUAAGGCAUUUUUCAUUUUGUGCAAUCCAAUCGGUGCUGUGGAAAUGUUAUAAAACCGUAUGUGUAGUGUUAUUGUGGUUCAAAAGAUGGAAUGUAUAUCACAAAGUCGUUAUCAUAUAUCGUGAAAAUGAAUAUAUUGAAAAAAAUAAAGAAACACGUGAACUUAUAAUGUA